AAAUAAAUACCAAUCUUAUCGCAAUAAAGUAUAAACCGAGAAUUCUGUAGGUGUAUGUUCUCAGUUUAGGCAGAUUUAACCGGCAAGUGUUUAUACUUUCUAAUAGGUACAACAAUAUAAAAACCAUGUCUGACUCUGAAGAUGUGACGUUUAAAUGGAUAGAUGCCGAUGCUGACGCGAAUUUUAAGCUUGGAGAAGGUUCUGCUGGUGCGAAAUAUCGUUCAGAAACAGGAUCAGUAAAUUCACUAACUUCCCUCAAUCUCAUCAAUGUUGGCGCCAAAGCCGGCGUAAGCACAUUAAAGGUAGAAAAGAAAUACGGGAAUGGUACGGGGGCUCUGUCAGCACAAGGACCCAGCGCUUCCGGUGAUGUAGGAGCUGAAGCUAACCACAAACGCGUCGGAAUCGAUGCCAUGGCAGAAGCGAGCCUCGCUAAGGCCAAAGCAUCAGCAGGCUCAGCAUUUGCUGAAGCCAACUUGAACGCUAACACAGGUGCCAAAAUCGGAACAGACGGCGUCAAGUUUGGAAUUUUGGGGUUUGGAGCUACUUUAGGUGUGGGAGGGCGCCUUUCCCUUGAUACUCCCCUCGGAUCGCUCGGUGCUGAGGGUAAGAACGGAAGAUGCCCUGGGUGUAGGAAGAGACAUUGAAGACGGGUACUGGUCCGCUGAUUCUUCAUUGAGAUGUGGCGGCGGAGAUGGAGGAUGACUUGCCACGCAAACGCAUACAAAUACAAAAACACAUAGGAGCACAAAUUUAAAUAAAAAUGUUUAUUGUCCAUGAUUUCUUUAAAUGUCAUUAUUUCUAUUUAACUUUAACUUUAAUUUUAAUAAGUCUGUUCUUUUUUUUUUAUUUAAUAAAGCAUUGAGUAAUUUAACGUGGCUCGACUUUAUUAGCCGACUUUACAAAAAAAGUAGGAG